CUCUGAUCGGGAUAGGGCAGGUGGAGGGAUCGAUCCAUACCUACGAAGAUGAUUCCUUCAAGGAGGUCGGAAAUGCCUUCCUUCUUUCCGGCGGAAGCGAGGGAAUCGUUGCCUCUGGCGGUGGCAACUCCUUUAUUCGCAAAGGAGACCACCUCGCAUACCGCAUCAUUGCUGAACUCUUGAGUGACGAUGAAGUUUAGAUGGCAUUGUUGAUUAAUCCACAUGCCUUUUGACAAGAAGGAACGGAAUUAUGGGAGUACAAAUGAGGAUUUGCAGUCUUCUCCAAUCCAAUCCUUUUGAUAAUACUUGAGGAGAUCAAAUUCUUCUGACUUGUACAGUUGAUGAUUGCAUUGAAUUUACACUUGAUUGGAAUGCGUAGGGUGAAAGCUCCUUUUGGAUGCCGAGAUUGGAGACCAGCUCUUAUAUAUCCCCUCAACAUAGCCAUUAAUGAUAGACUUGAGUCUGAAUGUUGAACUUGUUUCUUAUUUGAUUCAAGAUUUAAGAAUAUUACAUUCUGGAGAACAAAUGAGGCAGCAGAACUGCAUUCAAGCAUGGAGCACAGCACAGGAUUGGUCCAAGCUAUAAUAUUUGAAGCUGCUGACCGGGAUAAUAUAGGUGGAUCUGCUUAUGGUGGUCAAAGAUCCAUUUGUUGCACUCCUGAUCUUGCCAAGCUUGAGGGCUGCAAACAAGGGUAUGUUAUAAGGCGACCAUCAUCUGUAAAUCCUGAAUGGCCUGUUGUAAUAAAUACAUAUUUCAGUGCUAAUUUAUUAUAUGCACCAAUGGAUGACCGAGAUGUUUACAUAACAAAGACAGGAAUGUACAACUUGUUCUUUAUCUCCUGUGACCCUAAGCUUAGAGAUCUUACAAUGGCUGGAAUGGCAUAUUGGAAGAAUCCUGAUGGUUAUUUGCCAGGAAGGAUGGCCCCUUUGAUGAACUUCUACAUAUUCAUGUCAGUUGCAUAUCUCCUACUUGGCAUCAUCUGGUUCUCUCAAUAUAUGAGGUUUUGGAAGGAUAUAUUGCCAUUGCAAAACUGGAUAACCCUAGUUAUUGCUCUUGGCUUGUUUGAAAUGACGCUUUGGUACUUUGAGUAUCUGAAUUUCAAUAGCACAGGUGCAAGGCCUGUUGGUAUUACAACGUGGGUAGUCACUGUUGGAGCUGUGAGGAAAACAGUUUCCCGUUUGCUUCUAUUGUCUGUGUCAAUGGGAUAUGGGGUUGUGCGGCCAACACUCGGUGGUCUUACUUCUAAGGUGCUUUUACUUGGCGUGACUUACUUUUUGGCAUCGGAGUUGCUAGAUAUUACAGAAAAUGUUGGAACAAUUAAUGAUAUUUCAGGCAAAACAAGGCUCUUUCUAGUGCUUCCCGAUGCUUUUUUGGAUGCUUUUCUAAUUCUCUGGAUUUUUACAUCUCUUUCUCGAACGCUGGAAAAGCUACAGGCAAGGAGGAGUUCCGUGAAGUUGGAAAUAUAUAGGAAAUUUACAAAUGCAUUGGCAGUUUGUGUAAUUGCUUCUGUUGCUUGGAUAGCAUAUGAGGUUUAUUUCAAAGCAACAGACCCAUUCAGCGAAAGGUGGCAGAGUGCAUGGAUUAUCACCGCCUUCUGGGACAUCCUUUCUUUUGCACUCCUCUGUGUCUUGUGCUAUCUCUGGGGACCAUCUCAAAGCUCUCAAAGAUACGCCUAUUCAGGCGAAGCAGAUGCUGAUGAUGAAGAAGCUCAAUCCUUAACAAAAGGAAUGGCAGAUGGAAAUAUUGGCCUGACUAAAGUAGAAAAGAAAGAAAGAAAUGACGAUGAUGACGAUGAUGAUGCUUAUGAUAUUGAAGCUGAGGUUGAAGAGGACAAGAGAGAGUAAUGAAUGCUGCUGCCUUCGAUUCUUUGCACUCUUUAUUUUGUUCUUUUUUUUUUUUUUCAUUUUUGUGGUUCUUUUGCAUUCAAAGCCAUUAUCAUGAAGGAUAUUAGGAGAAGAUUUACAGUUUCUUCUGUCUGUAUAUAAGAUUGUUCAAAAGCAUAGUUACGGAGUUUUUCUUGUCAUGUUUGGAAGUU